AGUGAUGGAGCCGUUCCAUAGAGAAUGUUCUUGUAAGACUACUACUCUGACUACGAGUCUUAAUGACAGUUGACGUGGCCUAGCCAUCACCAUUGAGAUGCAAGCAGGCAAGCCAAUUGGAGGGAUAAGUCAAAGUUCCAGGAACUGUCUGAGAAGAAAGUAGGUGGAUGACCCGGACAUGUGAUCUUAUUUCAUAUUAUCCCAAACAGUAGAUAAGGUCACUGCUAUAAAUAUAAGAAAAUUGUUAUUUGAAGUGAAUAGCUCAAUUGACUUCCCUUGGAAAAACGUAAGUUGAACUCUUUACUACUACGUACAUCUUGCACUUUUGGAAAUGGAAGCUGAAUGCUCAUUAUUCUCUUUAAUCAAAGAAGAAAAUUCACUUUUGGAGGAUAAUGUAGUUUUAGACUCAUCUGUAGAGGUCAAAGUAGAACCAGAAUUUGAAUUAGAUGAAAUAGAUGCAAAGCAUUCAUGCAAGGCUGAAAAGGACGAGGAUCCACUGAGUUGCAGCAGAGAAAUGGGGAAAAAACUCUUCGGGGAAGAGAGCACACAGUAUCACGCAACCAUCACAGACAGUUCUCGAGAUCUCCUUUCAUCUGAAAAGCUAUUGUUUCAGAAAUGGGGCCAUGGCGGUCAAAAAGAUAAUGAAGGUGAUUUUUUUUCAAAGGGCACUUGCGCAAGGAGAAAGCCUUUUCCUUGUACAGAAUGUCCGAGCAGCUUUUCUAGCUCAGGUCAACUCAAAACCCAUGUGAAAACGCAUAGAGGAGGGAAGCCGUUCGCAUGCCUUGAGUGUCAAAAGCAUUUUUCUCUCCCAGGUUACCUCAGAAAUCACAUGAAAUCCCACACGGGAGUGAAGCCGUUCCUGUGUAGUGAAUGCCCGGGUACAUUUUCUCAAUCAAGUUCUCUUAGAGUGCACAUGAGAAUACAUACGGGAGAAAAACCAUUCACUUGCACGGUGUGUCCGAGGCGUUUCUCUCUCUCAAGUUGUCUCAAAAGCCACAUGCGAACUCAUACUGGAGAGAAACCUUUUGUUUGCGAUGAAUGUCAGAAAGGUUUUUCAACAUUGAGUUACCUUAAAAGUCACAUGAAAUCCCACACGGGAGAAAAGCCUUUCCUAUGUGCUGUUUGCCCGAGUAGUUUUUCUCACUCAAAUAAUCUGAAAGUACACAUGAGAGUUCAUUCUGGAGAGAAGCCGUUCAUUUGCGCCGAAUGUCAGAGUAGCUUUUCUCACUCGAGUACUCUCAAAGUACACUUGAGAACUCACACGAGAGAAAAACCGUUCACGUGUUCUGUGUGUCAGAGCAGUUUUUCUCACGUGGAUACUCUCAAAAUACACAUGAGAACUCAUACCAGAGAGAAGCCUUUUAAAUGCAGUGAAUGUCAAAGUAGUUUUUCUCAGUCGAGUUCUCUUAAAAUACACAUGAGGACGCACACAGGAGAGAAACCGUUUGCAUGCAGCGCGUGUCAAAACAGUUUCUCUCACUCAGGUCACCUGAAGAUUCACAUGAGGACUCAUACUGGAGAAAAACCAUUCGUUUGCUCAGAAUGUGACGGCAGAUUUUCUCAGUCGUGUCAUCUUAAGAGGCACAUGAGAAGUCACUCUGGAGAGCGGCCGUUCACGUGUGCAGAGUGUGGCGGCAGAUUUACGCAGUCAGAUCAGCUCAAAAGGCACAUGAAAACUCACGUAGGUGACAAGCCAUUUAUUUGUACUGAAUGUCAGAGUAGAUUUUCCCAAUCAAGUUCUCUCAAAAGGCACAUGAAAACACACAAGUUAAGAAGAUAGUCAGUCGUUUUCACCAUGUACUAUUUAUUGUAGCUCAUUAGCCAAGAUGUGGGCUAGUUUUUUCUUUAUGUAAUUUCCAAUCGUGUGUGUUGUAAGGGUAGUAAAUAUUGAUUUGUGCUUGUCACUUUGUGUGAUGAUUCAGUGCAUUCACAUCUAGUAAGGUACUAUAUGCAUUAUCCUUCUUUAAUUUUGUGACUUAAAAGUUGACAUGAAUGAUAAUAGAUGUAACAGUGCCAAUCCUUAGCACUCAGUAUGGAAUUCCCACAAUGGCUUUGAAGUUGGAUAUUUAGUGUAAAAGCAGACAUGAAUCACAGUGUUUAACGUUUAAUGACACAUGAACUUUCAAUUUCUCAUGUAGAAUGUCUGAAGUUGGUGGAUUUGGUAGACCUUUGCGAAUAAUACAGGACUUGAGCAAUCUUAUUCCUGUUGCUUGUUAAAUCUGUACCACAAACUCUCUAAUACUCUCUAGUCUUUUCAGAGUCUCAUUAUUCUUUGGAUUUUCAAAUGUCCCAAAAUAAUUGUAGGUCACUUUAUUUUUUAACCAAAUCUUUGUGAUUCAUUUGAAAUUAAUUUUUAAGAAUUAUUUGAUAUGGGCAGGAUUUUUUCUGUGCAUUUACCCAUUCUGUAUAACUGGUUUAACCAUAUACCAUAUUCUCAGUAAUAUUUUUUCUUUCAUUUUUUUAAAUUUUGCCAAUAGCAUAUUCUUCAUAUCGGAUCAACGUGGUAAAUAGUGAUGGGGGAAUAGAAAAAAAAAGAUAAAAAAAAAUUAUGCAAGUGAACAAAUGCUCUAACAGUUAAGCUACUACUGUACAUGAUAAAUAGUACCAAAUCAGGUGUCAAUUUGAUGUAAAACUAUGUAGUAUAAGGUACAUAUUGUAAUGUUUCACAAUUUAAAAAAGACUAUGGUUACAACGCUUAACUAAUGCAUUUUGAUAAUCGAGAGGCAUAUAAUCCACAUCAAAUUACUGGAACGCUCCUGGAUUCACUAGAUUUGAACGUUUACAUAGGAUUGUUAGUGAGGACAUUGAAAGUGGAGUAUUUUCCAUAGAUAUUGCUUUAAAAAAUUCCAUAGUACAAGAGAAGAUGGAACUGAUGGAAAAACUAGACAAUGGUGUUUCAGUGAAGAAAUUGUACAUUUGUAAGUUGUUACAUUCAGGAUAGCGAGGAUACUGUGCAUUCUCUACCCGUGUACAUCAGCUGUUAGCAAUGUAAAUAAUUUUAAUUUUGACCAAUUCAUUGUGGUAUAUUGUAAUAAGUAAUUGUAAGUAAUUGUGUUUCCCUGAUAAAGUAUACUAGUAAAUUUGCUUCAGUGCAAA